CUGUUGUUUUCUUUAGGCAUCACUUCCCUACCCUCACCUGAUCUCGACAGAUCCUUCUCAACUAAACCUCCAUUUCCACACCAAAUCUAUCAUAUCAUCUUCUUCGCACCCCACCUUCAUUCCCCAUUAUUCUUUCUUCCCGUUGGACCAAAACUUCAACAAAUUUUCGAGGUUUUGAAGUAUCAAAAAAUGGCAGCCAAGUCCGACUUUGCACAGAAGUUGCUGCAUGAUCUACGACUCAGGAAAGAACGAAUGGGUGUGUCUCAGAGCUCGGCUCGACCCAACGCUACAACCAGAGAUGCAUAUAGAAACCCAGGAAAUGUGCAGAGAGGAUCUAGACAAACAAAAUCACUCGAAUCUAUUGGUGGACCAAAAAUGGCGAACCAACAACAGAUGUAUGGAGGAUCAGCCCGAGUCCCGGCCAUCAAAGAAUCAUCCCAACAAAUUGUUUCCUAUUCCGGUGGCCGACACCAUAGAUCGGGAUCCACCGGAGAUUUUCCGGUGGCAUUCACUUACGCCGUCAAAAAUGGCGGAAAACUAUUAAACGUGGAUUUUUCAGGGUCUGGUAAUGCUAACGCAAUGAUAGAUUUCUUGCAUCAGAUUGGUCGAAGAUCACUAGACGUUGGUAACACAGGAAAAGAGACAAGUCUUGUGAAACAUCGUACCUCAAAUGGUGGUGUCGUUGUGCCUGCACUCACCACUCCUCAAAUCAAGGAGAUUUCAAAAGGGGUUCAGAAUCUUUACCAAAUAUUAAGAUCAAGUUCUAAUGGAGUGAACAUGGAUAAACAUUCAAUGGAUGUUGGAAAAGAGUUGUUGAAAGGUGCUAAGGGUUUAGAAGAGUCUUUAAGGAUGCUUGUGAACAUGCAAGAAGCUUCAGAGUUGAUGGUUCACCCACAACGAAAGAACCGAAUCACUUUACUAGAAGUCGAUCAGGACGAUGAAAACGAUAGUUCAAAGAUCGUGGACCAAAAUCAAGUUGCUUUGCCUCGGUUCUCUUUCGACAAGCCUUCUAAAAGGUCCAAUUUUUUGGUUCAAACCGAUGGUUUUUCUAAGUUAUCAACUCAUCGGAGGUCCACAAGCUAUGGUGAGGAAAGCAUAAGAAGUGUUUCUAAUUCUACUACAUCGAAUGUGAAGAACAACUCAGAAAAAGGGAGGAUCUCAAAUGUGAUCGCGAAACUAAUGGGCCUAGAUGAAGUUCCCAGAAAGAUAGAGUCAGAAUCCACUCAUAAUGAAUUAAAAAUACAAGUUAACAAGAGUUUGAAACCACCAAAACAUGGUGUAGCGCCAUUAAAUGAUCAAAAACCACAAGAAAUCCACGACUCUGAUAAAAGUGAGGCACCAAGACUUCCGAGGACUGUAAACACUGUGGCUAUGAAACAAAGAUCUGAUCAACUUCCAGAAAAGAAAGAUAGAGCACACAAUGGUGAAACGAAAGAGAAGAUACAACAAAAGCGUAGAAGUGCUGAAGUUGUAGCGAAUUUGAGACAAGAAAGAGUGGAAAAGAAGAAAACGAUUCGAAUGGAGAAGAGUAACGAGAUCAAACUCGUUCCAAGAAACAAUCAAACAAAAGAACAAGAAAAAAGGACGUCCCAAAAAAGCAAACAUGAGUUACAACAAAUCAAACAAGUGAAGUCAAGGGAUUUACCUUCAAAAGAGUCUCACAUGCAACCUUCUGAUGAACAUAAUCUAAAACCUAAAGAUGCAACUCCAAAGGCACAAGAAUCAAAACCAGAAAGAACAGAAAGCAACGUGAAAGAGAAGGUGGUGACACGAAAGAAGGUAGAUUCAAUGGUGUUACGUAGAACUGAAGCCCCUCUAAAAGACAAGGUCAUGAAGAGAAGAAAUGGAACCCGAACUCUCAAGAACUUAGGGACACCAUCAAAGCAUAGACUUUCUGUGUUGAAAGAAACCCAAAGAAAAGACGUGCAACAAUUAGUUUCCAUUUGUUUGAAACCAGAAGAAACCAACAUCGAAAUAUCGAAUCCCAAGAAACCGGAAGAAAAAAUCCAAGUAAAUGACAAGGUACCAAUAUGCGAAGAUAAUAUCAAGAUUGCUCCUCAAGAAACCCAAGAAAUCACAGUUACCAUUAAGCAUGAAGGUUCGAGCGAUAGAAGGAUAAAGACUCGUAAUCUUUCGGAAAACAAACCUAAAAAAGCAUUUCAAUCGGGUACAGUUGCAUUGACAGAAAACGAGAAGCAACUCAAGGAGAUUCUGAUAAAAGAUCAACUUUUUUUAGGCACAACAGAAACCCUUUUCAAUUUCAAUAUACCCGUUGGUUUUCUUCAUGUCGAUGAUCAUAACCAUCGUAGUGAGGAAACUAAGUUGAAGUUAGAUUGUGGGUACGAAAUACUUAGACGAAAAGCAAGAAGCCAAGAAUUGUCAACUCAUCCGUAUAUGAAACCCUCCAUUGGUGACACGACUAUAAGGUUCUUGGAUGAAUUGGUUAAACAGUUGUAUAAAGAUUUUGAAAGCUUAAGAUUAUAUGGAAGGAAUACACACAAUGAGUACGAUGAAGCUAAUUACUUGCAUCAUAUGCUUGAGAGAGACAUUUAUAACAAAAACCCCGAUACUAAUAGUUUUUGGGAUUUUGGUUGGCAUACGAUGACGUUUGCAUUUGUGGAAAAAGAUGAGUUUGUGAAUGAUGUGGAACGGGAUGUGCUUCAUAGACUCGUAGAUGAGAUGGUCGAUGAUUUGUUGAGCAUCGCUUGACACAAGAAAGAAGCAAAAGUGAUUGUCGAUUGAAUGAUAAUGGUUUAUUUAUUUGUAUGAUGAAGUGAGCUUGAAAGGGAAGAAAAUAUUAUAAUACGAUGAAAGUUACUGGUGUAAAUCUCUUCUUUCGAUUAUUUUUUUAUAUAUUUUGCAAUCUGUAAUAUGAGUUAUCGAUCGG